UAAAAAAACCGGUUGAGGUUUUUGUGCUUCAAUCGUCAGAUUUCGAAGAAAAACUGAUCCGUGCACUUGAAUGGAUAAAUUUGGAAAGAAUAAUAGUUGAGGUGUAUGCAGCAGAGAUCAACGUCAAGUUUGGAAGAGGGAACAAAAGGAAAUAUUUCACUGGAAAAAUCUCGAAGACAGCCAUGAUUUGUGUUUGUCGGAUCUAAAGACGUACUGAACCCAAAUCAUGUGACAGGCGAUGUGAUAUGUGUGACAGAAUUCUUCUUCGGGGCAGAGAUGAAACCAAAGUGUUAGGCUAGGCACAGCUGGCGUGGACCGUGCGUGUUUGGAGCUUGAACAUGUGCAAGUAACGAGGUGCGGGCAUAGACAGGUUAAGUUAUAAAGCAUGAAACGUAAACUCGCUAGUCUGCUGGUGGUGUUGACGAUGAUGAUCUUAUCAACGGGUAUUACUGCAAAUAAUCAGCAGCUGGACAUGGAGGUUCUCCAUCAACAGGCUCGCCCUCAUCAUCAUCACCACCACUACUACAGCCACAAACGCCAUCGCCAUAAAAGUGACAUCGCAGAUGAUGAGGGUGAAGAUUUAACAUCACGAGAGGAUGGUGAUGCGGCGAGUCAAAUGCGUGACGACAAAUAUGAAGAAGAGGAGGUGUUCUAUGACGAUUUCUCAUCUAGAAAGCAGCUUUUUCAGCUGACUGAUAAGGACGGGGACGGCUUCGUGACCAGGGAAGAGUACGUUAAUCAGAAUGGCAAUCACUCCGUUGUAGUAGACCAGGUGUUUAAGGCUUAUGACAGGGACGGAGACGGCCAAUUCUCUGAAGAGGAAUUCUUACAACAGAGUUCUCCAUUAGCGGUUCAAGAUGAGUGUGAAGAAGAAAUUAUACAGACGUGUGACAAGUUAUAUCUGGAAUUCAUGACAACUGAACUCAAAUCAAGCAAGGUGGAUGAAAAAACGUGCAAAGCUAUACAGUACCUUGUGGACUGCGUAGUUGGUUAUGACACUGGCUGUAAUAUACAGAGUUAUGCCCGAAUGGUUGCAACUAGGGCUCAGGCUUACCUGGACUCACAGCACUGCCCUCUACUGGACCUGCGCCUCUUGCUGAAGCUCACUGGUCAGGGCGCCCUCGGUGAUGAGAAGAAGACGCGUUUUGCACGAUCUGUUGAUGACGUUGAAUUUACCACUCUCGCAGAUCUACAGCUGUAUACCAAGCAGUGCCCCAACUCCUUCAUCAAAAGAUGUAGCAAGAAGUUUCGUAGGUCUCUUGCUCGAGACAAAGCUGAGAAGAGGUAUUGUCCAUUACUCGCUAGCUUCGGCCACUGCUUGAAAAAGCGGGCCGAACAAUGUUUAGGACAUGUGGAUGAAACCCAUUUGCGGCAAAAUAUUGCGAGUUUAAAACGCCUGCAACGUGCGGCAAAGACAUGCCACAAAAUCUAUCCGACUUGGGCCUCACAGUAAUGUUCGAUAGCUAAGUUUAAUGAUCACUUUAUUGUUAGAAUUAUAAUUAUUAAUGCUGUUUGUCAGCUCGUUAAGUCUAAUAAAGUGUACUAAUAUUGCUAACACCACAGGUUAGGUCGAUUUGCUUUUCAUUUGAAGUAGCCUAAAAUGAUUCAGGGGCCUAUCCGACACGAUGCGAUGUAUAUAUCAAGUGUAUCUCUUCCGCUCGAAUUUUUUUCAUAGGUCCCGCAAUGAUUUAUGUGAAGUUUAAUUUUUGCGCUUAAAUUGAAUGGUUUUGCUAGUGGUUCAAUGUGCUGAGAAUGGUCAAAUAACAGAGAGAACUAAAGCCCUUUGUUGUGGAGACGUUUCUAUCGUCAUGCAGAUGUGUCUGCCUGGUAUUAAUGACAAAAUGAGACGUGACGAAAAAUCGGUAGAAAAUCCACUAAAUUGUGUGAAUGAAGGUUAAUUGUGUAAAAUGUUUUCAAGAUGUGACUUCUCUGUGUGAUGGAGAAAUAUUAAAGCUCAUUUAUUAUAAUUUAACAGUUGAAUUUGACGAUUUGGGUGAAUUAACAGACUGUUACCUUGACACUUAUUUAGUGUUAAAAGUUAACUCUUUACUAUUAUACUCUAUCAUACUCAUAUACAUGUACUCUACAUCUUAAUAGUCAUACUUGGAGGUGCUAUGUAUUACAUAUUUUAAACAGAUAUUACAGGUUACAAAUUUUAAACAGUUAUAAAUUUUAACCGUUUCAGUGAUUCAAGGUUUUGUAAAAUUGAGUUGUAAUGCAAGAAAAUUAAAUUGUCAUUUGGCUGAAUUUAAUCGUCAUGUGACUAAUAAUGUUGAUUGAUCACAUGGCAUGCCACUUUUAAGGUAGCCACACUUGAAAUAAUAGUCUGAAAACAAGCAUUGUUUCACUUUAAUUCGCAAUCAUUAGAACAAACCCAAACUGUACGAACAUUCCAAGUGUUGUAGCCUUGCUAUGUAGGGGCCAUCUUUUUCCCUUGUUAAUUUUGUAUUUACUUUGUUUCACCAAAAUAAAACCUCAACAUUUAUUCGGUUGAAAUCCUA